AAUCCAGUCCAGGGUGCCAGUCUGCGCCACUGCACACUACUUUGCACCAUGAAACUUCAAGAAACUUCCUCAGAUAGGGGAAAAUAAGUAAAAAAUGCUAUUAGCACUUUAAUAUAAGCCUUUGUGUUCUGUAAAUGUAAGAAAACGAGGUCUGUCCCUGCGUUUGGAUCAUUAAUAAUUGAUUUGUGCACAGCUAAAGCAACAACACCAUGCAGCGACUACUCGAUUUGAAGGAUACUUUCUUCGACUUGGAUGUGGACCGACAAAGACUUAUCGGCUCAGCGCUGGCGGCAGGGGGGAUAAGUCUUCUUGUUUACUAUUUUGUGUAUAAAAGGACGGAGAGAAAACGCAUUCCCCUCGGUGAAGGAUGGUGGGGAGCAGGGGUGAAACCAGUCUCAGAAGAUACAAAAGUCUAUAGCUUUAAAGUGGAGACUUCAGAUGAAGAGAUCCAGGAUUUGUAUGAGCGUAUUGAUAGGACACGAUUCUCUGAUCCAUUGGAGAGCAGCGCCUUCCACUACGGCUUCAACACAACCUAUCUGAAGAAAGUGGUUUCCUAUUGGAGACAUCAGUUUGACUGGGAGAAGCAAGUGGAUACGCUGAACAAGUAUCCACACUACAAAACCAAAAUUGAAGGUCUGGAUGUGCACUUUCUCCACGUGCAGCCAAAGAAUAAGGCCCAUCAGAAGGUUUUGCCUCUGAUGCUUGUUCACGGGUGGCCAGGAUGCUUCUAUGAGUUCUACAAAAUGAUCCCACUUCUCACGGAAAACCGGGGCGAUGUUGUAUUUGAGGUGAUAAUUCCAUCUAUUCCCGGAUAUGGUUACUCUGAAGCACCACACAAAAAAGGGUUUAAUAGUCUUGCAGCUGCCCGUAUUUUCCUGACCUUGAUGGAGCGCCUUGGCUUUUCUCAGUUCUAUCUGCAAGGAGGAGACUGGGGCUCCCUUAUCACCACUAACAUGGCACAAAUGAAGCCUGAGUGUGUAAAAGGACUCCAUUUGAACAUGUUUAUAGCACUAAAUAAUUACAAGGGGCUCAUUUCCAUGGUCAUUGGCCAGUAUCUGCCUUUCCUGGUCGGAUUCACCAAAGAAGAUGUCAAACGAUUGUUCCCUUUCUUUGAGAAAAAUGUGUGGACGAUUUUGCGAGAAACGGGCUACACGCACAUUCAAGCAACCAAACCAGACACUGCGGGCUGUGGAGUGAAUGACUCCCCUGUUGGAUUGGCUGCAUAUAUACUUGAAAAGUUCUCAACUUGGACCGACAGCAACAACACAGAACUUGAGGAUGGUGGUUUAGAGAGGAAAUACACCCUGGAUGACCUAUUGACAGUGAUCAUGGUCUACUGGACUACUGGCUCCAUCAUUUCCUCAAUGCGUUUCUACAAAGAGAAUUUGUCCGAGGCCCCUAACAAGAGAAUUGAUGGCUUAACAAAUGUAUUUGUCCCAGCUGGACUGGCAGCAUUCCCCAAUGAGCUGAUGCACUGCCCCGAGACAUGGGCAAAAACUAAGUACAAAAAUGUUUAUUCCUACACAUUUAUGCCUCGCGGCGGUCACUUUGCCGCUUUUGAAGAGCCCCAACUACUGGCUGAUGACGUUUUCAGUUUUGUGAAAAAAGUGGAGAAGUAGUAAAC